AUGGCCGUCAACUUUGCGAAACGAUGGUCCUCCUCGCGGAAAGUUGAUUCGAGCCGCCAUCAUAUUACAUUUUCAACUGAUCGACACGCUCAGCAAGUUGGUCAGACAGAGGCCGUUGAGGCAGAUGCAGAUUCCGAGGGCGCAAAGGCCAAAGUUUAUGGUGCAAUCGUUUGUGUUGCCACACUGGCGGGUCUGACAAGAACCGCCCGAGCAGACCUGACCGCCGCUGCAGACGGUACCGGAGGCGCACUGCGUGCUGCUCGUGCAAGCGCUGCACUUUCCGGACAGGCAGACCUGGCCGAGGGCGCAUUGCGCGUCCCCGGUACACGGGCCGCAACGGCCGCCGACGCAGACUUCGCCGUUGGAGCAGGACGUGCUGGAGAGGCAACCGGCGGUGCAGAGGCCAACGUUACAGACCUGACCAGCCGUCAUGGCACCGCAUUCGGCGUCGGUCGUGCAUGCGCCGCAGGUGCCGGACGUGCAGACUUGUCCAGCGUUGCACUGCGAGCCCGACGAGCACGCGAUGCAGCGACCUCCCGAGCACACUUUUCCUUCCGUGCAGGCGGCGUUGGAGGCGCAGCCUGCGACGCAGACGCCGGCGCUGCUGCUGCAGACCUGGCCGGCGAGGAUGGCGCUGCACUGAGCAUCGGCCGUACAGGCGCCGCAGACGCCGGCGUUGCAGACCUGGCCGGUGCCGCACUGGGACGAGGCGGUGCAGGCGACGCAGUGGCCGGCCGAGCAAAUCUGCUGACCGCCGCCGCAGUCGUUGCCGGACGCGCAGGCGGCGAUGCAGAGGCCGUUGCCGCAAACGAAGCCGGACCCGCAUUGCGCAUCGGCCGUGCAACCCCCGCAGCUUCCGGAGGUGCAGACAUUUCCGGUCGGGCAUUCGGAUGCCGCCGUGCAGCCUCCACAGCGGCCGUUCGAGCAGACUUGUCCGUUGGAGCAGGGCACGCUCUGGGAACAGCCGGGAACGCAGGCGCCGCCGCUGCUGCAGAUCUGGCCGGCGACGAUGGCGCUACACUGGGCGUCGGUCGAGCAGGCGCUGCAGCUCCCGGAGGAGCAGACCUGGCCGCUGGUGCAUUGCGAGCCGGAGGAGCAAGCGACGCAGAGCCCGUCGAGGCAGACGCGACCGCUGGCGCAAUCGGAUCUCGACGCGCAGCCGGUGACGCAGACGCCGGCGCUGCUGCAGUACUUUCCCGAAGCGCACUGGGAGCUGGCCACGCCCGAGGAGCAGACCUGGCCGCUGCUGCAUUGCGCGUUGGCCGUGCAGGUGCUCACGCACGCUCCGCCGCGACAGCUCUGUCCGGCACCGCACUGCGCGUCGGCGAUGCAGAUGGUGCAGAUGCCGAGGAGGCAAGCCUGGCCGAGGCGACCUCCCGCGCAGGUGCCGCCAAUGAGGGCGCAGGUGGGAGCGCACAGCGAGGACCUGCUAUCGCACGACUGGCCGCUCGGGCACGCGUUGGUGGAGGAGCAGCCGGCACAGAGGCCGGUCGAGGUGUUGCAGAGCUGUCCGGCGUUGCAGUCGCCGCUGUUGCUGCAGGAGCCGCAGGUCCCGUCGGCGCGGCAUACCUGGCCCGCCAGACACUGCGAGUUGGACGUGCAGGCGGCGAUGCAGAGGCCGGCGGCGCAGACCUGGCCCGUCAGGCAAUCCGACUUUUGGGUACAGCUCCCGCAGGCGUUGCCGACGCAGGCGAGACCGGUGUCGCACUGCGCCGUUCCGGUACAGGCGCCGCAUCGACCCGUCGCCGUCACGCAAACCUGGCCUCCGCCGCACUGCAGGUUGGUCGUGCACGCGGGCUGGCACGCGCUGGACACGCAUACCUGACCGACGCCGCACUCGAGGUCGGCGGCGCAGGCCCCGCACGCGCCGGAGAGGCACGCUUGACCGGCCCCGCAGUCGGCGUUGACGCCGCACGGCACGCAGAGCCCGCCGCCGCACACCUUGCCGCCGCUGCACUGCGAGGUGGAUGUGCAGCCGGCGCGGCAGACGCCCGCUUCGCAGACCUGUCCGCCGCCGCCGCACUGCGCGCUGAGCGUGCAGGCGACGCAGAGGUUGCUGAUGCAUACCUGACCGGUACUGCAGUCGCUCUUUUGCGUGCACGUCGUACAGAGCCCCGUCGAGACCUGACAGACGGCUCCGACGGCGCACUGCGUGUUGGAGGUGCAAGCUGCCACGCACCGUCCCGCGCUGCAGGCUUUCCCGGUGCCGCAGUCGGCCUUUUGGGUGCAUGCGCCGCACGAACCGGACACGCACGCCUGGCCGACGGCCGUGUUGCACUGCGCCGAAUCGCUGCAGACACCGCAACGACCGUUCAGGCAUACCUGUCCGGUCGCGCAGCCGAGGCUUGCUAUGCAGCCGCCGAUGCAGAGUCCCCCGGCGCAGAUCUGGUUCGACCCGACAGCGCCGCACUGGAGGUCGGUCGUGCAGGAGCCGCAGCCGCCCGGAGUGGCGCAGACCUGGCCGAUGCCGCACUGCGAAUUUUGCGUGCAGGCGGCGCAGAGGCCGGUCGCCGUGUCGCAGACUUGGCCCGCGGCGCAUUGGAUGUUGCUCGUGCACGCAGCUUGGCAGAUACCGGAGGCGCAGACGAGGCCGGCUCCGCAUUGGGCCGAGCUCGAGCAUCCGCCGCAGGCAUGAUCGACGCACACCUGGCCAGACGUGCAUUGCGAGUUGAGCGUGCAGCCAGCGCAUCGGCCCGAGGAGCAGAACAGCCCGGUGGGACACUGGCCGUUGAGCGUGCAGGCCGCUUGGCAGUUGCCAGACUCGCAGAUCUCGCCGACGCCGCACUGCGCGUCUGCCGUGCAGGAGCCGCAGACACCAGGCGGGAGAAGGCAAGCCUGACCUGCGAGACAUUGGCUGUUGGAGACGCAGGCUCCGCAGAAACCAAGGACACAGGCCUGGCCGGCGCUGCACUGGGCGCCAGAUGUGCAUCCGGGCUGGCACACGCCCGCGCUGCAGACGAUGCCGCUACUGCCGCAGUCGGAGGAUUGGGUGCAGGGCCCGCAGACGCCGGGACUGCCGAUGCAAGCUUGGCCAGUCGGGCACGGCGCCGUCCCGGAACAGGCUCCACAAGCGCCGGUCGAGGUGCACACCUGACCGGCGGAACACUGAGAGCUGGCGUCGGCGCUCGUGCGGCAGCCGGUUACGCAGCUUCCGAACUGACAUAUCUUUUGCGCACCGCAGUCGACGUCCACGGCGCAGGCCGGAAUCGCCGGCACGCAGCGGCCGGUCGUGCAGAUCUGGGUGCCGUUGCACUGCGCGGCGGUCGAGCAUGCUGCUGGACCGUGGCAGGUGUCUGCACCGAGGACCUUGCCGACGCAGUCUUCAUCCUCACGACAGGACGGGUCUGGAGCGACGCAGACACCACCCUGGCAGGCUUGGCCGCCGGUGCAGUCGUUGUCGGAAGCACAUUGCGGCGUGGCCGAGCCGCCGAGGGCGCAGACGCCAUCAAGACAGACGCACAGCCCCGGCAGGCGACACAUGUCGAGGCCGAGAACGCAAUCGGUUGCGCUCUGGCACGCCUUUUCGGCUAUGCAGACGCCGCUCUGGCAAGUUUGUGCCGUGGGACAGCCGCAAACACCCAGAACGCAGAUGCAGAGUCCGAGUCGGCAGAGCCCGACGCCGAGGAGGCAAUCACCAUUCGUGCCGCAGGAUGCCGAUGCCAUGUCCGGCGUGCACACGCCGACGGUGCAUAUUUGACCGACCGCACAGCCCGUGUUGCCACUACAGGAGAGCGUCUGCGCCAGGCACACGCCGAAGGCGUUGCAGUCGACGUUGUUGACGCAGCGUUGCAACGUCGAAACGCAGAGGCCCACACGGCAGACCUCGCUGUUCGCGCCGUUGCAAUCGCCAUCGGCUUCGCAGUUGAGCAACGUGGUCGGGAUGCACAAGCCGAUUCGGCAUGUCUCGGAACCGCCACAGUCGAUAUCGGCGGCGCAUGUUGUAAGGCCUGCGGUCAUGCAUAUACCUCCGGAGCAUAUGGGUGUGCUCGCAGGACAGUCGGCGGCAUCGGCGCACUUGUCAAGCAUCGAAGGGAAGCAGAAGCCGGCGGUGCAGUUUUGACCACUGGUGCAGCCGCUUUCUGGGCUGCAUGUUGGGAAAGACUGUGGAAGGCAAAGACCGGCGCGGCAGACCUUGUUGGCACCGCAUUGCGAGUCUGA